UACUAAUGCACUGAAACCUCUCUCUCUCUCUCCCUCUAUCUCUCUCUCUCUAGCCGAGAUCGGAAAACCUUUGAAUCUGGAUCGGACCUCCAAGAUGACGGGUGCAAAAUCGGGUUCUCCUUCGCCGAGUCUAUGGCUGGCUCCGAAUCCGAGCAAAAGAUGGGGAGAACUGUUCUUCCUCUGUUACACUCCCUUCUGGCUCACUCUCUGCUUGGGCAUUGUCGUCCCUUACAAGCUCUACGAGAGCUUUACGGAGUUGGAGUAUUUGCUUCUGGGUUUGGUUUCAGCUGUUCCUUCGUUUUUGAUACCAGUGCUAUUCGUUGGGAAGGCGGAUAGAAGCAUCUGUUGGAAGGAUCGUUAUUGGGUCAAGGCUAAUCUUUGGAUAAUCAUCUUUAGCUAUGUUGGUAAUUACUUCUGGACACACUAUUUCUUCACAGUUUUGGGGGCUUCAUACACCUUUCCAUCAUGGAAGAUGAACAACGUACCGCACACUACGUUCCUUCUUACUCAUGUAUGCUUCCUGUUUUAUCACGUAGCGUCGAACAUGACACUACGUAGACUACGGCAUUCUAUUUCUGAUUUGCCAGAAAAAACUCGGUGGUUCUUUGAGGCUGCAUGGAUUUUGGCACUGUCCUAUUUCAUUGCGUACUUGGAGACCUUGGCUAUUUCUAAUUUCCCUUACUAUGACUUUGUGGAUCGGGCAUCUAUGUAUAAAGUGGGGUCUUUGUUUUAUGCUAUCUACUUCAUUGUAAGCUUCCCCAUGUUUCUAAGGAUCGACGAGAAGCCCGGCGAUCCCUGGAACUUACCCAGAGUUGCUGUUGAUGCUCUUGGUGCUGCAAUGCUGGUCACAAUCAUACUUGAUUUAUGGCGCAUCUUUCUGGGACCAAUUGUCCCAGUUCCGGAGACAAAACGGUGUCUCCAACCAGGACUCCCAUGGUUCCCGCGACAUUCCGAUGAAACUUGACAGUGUCCGUAUAAAACAACUUGGUUUUACUAGUCCAGCCGCAGAACAAACUUGAAACCAGACUCUGGAAUUUCUUGCAGCUGAGGUUGCAAUAACUGUUGUACCAUUAUAGAUGACUGAUGUAGCUUUCUCUUGUAAGGGGCAGCAAAAUUGAUGGCAUGAACAAAUAUCCCUCUUUCCCAUAACAAUCCCACAUUUUCGUUUCA